AUGGAACUGACCCGUCUGCUCCUAUCAGCCACACUCCUGCCCUCGCUGGCCUGCGGGCUCUCUUCACAGCUGUACGACACCUACAGCUUCAAUCCACUCCAACAUCUAGCAGGAAUCGCCCCUUAUUUCGAGCCGAACGAUCCUCCUCGAGACCCCAAUCCUCCAGAUGGCUGCACUGUCACGAAAGCUGCAUACUUAGUACGACAUGCUGCAAUCAAUGCGAAUGACUUCGACUAUGAGACGUAUAUCGAGCCUUUCCUCUCGAAGCUGGAGAACCAUACCAACAUUGACUGGGGAGAUCUGCCCUCUCUGGCCUUCCUUCAAACCUGGAUACCUCCAUCGUUCGCUGAGCAGGAGCGUCUGACGAGAGUCGGCAAGCUCGAAGCAGCUCAGCUCGGCGUCGAGGUUUCGUUCCGAUAUCCCAACUUCAGGGCUCCACGGAAAGUAUGGGCGUCCACCGCCGAACGCACGGUUGUGUCAGCCGAGUCAUUCAUCCGUGGCUACGAGGCCUCUGACAACAACAUCACGCUGGUCGAGAUCUACGAAAGCGAAGAAGGCGGCGCCAACACCCUUACGCCCUACGACAGUUGUCCGGCGUAUUCGUCCUCGGCCGGCAGCGAACAGUCUCAACAGUAUCUGUCCAGGUGGUCAAGACCGUACGUGACUCGUCUGAACCAUGUCUUCUCGAGCUUCAACUUCACGGCGUACGACAUUGUGGGCAUGAUGGAGCUGUGCGGCUACGAAACCGUCAUCCGAGGUUCAUCACCCUUUUGCUCUCUCGACCUCUUCCCACCGGACGCGUGGUUGAGCUUCGAAUACACAAACGACAUUAUGUACUUCUACAACACUGGCUACGGCCAGCCAGUGUCCGGCUCCAUUGCCCUUCCAUGGGUGAAUGCCACAAUGGGUCUUCUCCAGUCCGACGACGAUGGCCCCUCCUCGCAAGAUAUCUACGUCAGCUUCACGCAUCGAGAGUUCCCUCCCACAGUGCUCGUGGCGAUGGGUCUCUUCAACAACAGCGACUUCAUCGGCGGCAAUCCAAACGCCAGCAUGCCUCUGGAUCGGAUCAACUACAAUCGCGCUUGGGUCUCAUCCUACAUUCUGCCAUUCCUCACGAACAUUGCGAUCGAGCGGAUGAAUUGCUCUGCCCGGUCGAACACGUAUGGAGACCUGAUAGGCGGCGACUCGACCUAUUACCGCGUCCUGGUCAACGACGCUCCACAGACACUACCGGGCUGCUCCGACGGACCGGAUGAGAGCUGCAGCUCAAGUGGCCUGACAGACUGGUUGGUCGAGCGUGCCGCCGUGUUUGCAGGAUACUCUGCCGCGUGCAAUACCAGCUCCGAGUACAAAAACUCCACCGAUCAAGUGACGUUCUACCAGAACAGCGACAAUGGGAGCUUUGUUGGGAAAUGA